UGCUUUGAUACAUAGUGCGUAUUUCUGGCGUUCGUUAAGCACGGGCAGUCAAGCCCAGCAAACAACAGGUCACGGAGAAGCCUUUCGUCAAGGCCCAUCAUAUUCAUCGUUCAAGGUACGGGCCGCAAUCAUGACGGUCAUACCCACAAGAUGACAGAUCCAAGCUCAGCAGCACAGGAGGCACUCAUUCGCAAAGCCUACAUGAUGGCAGGCCUAGAUCACAGAACCACGAUAUAUGUAGAAAGUCAUGGAACGAGGACCCAAGCUGGAAACUUGAUGGAGUGCACCGUAGUUGCGGCUAUAUUUGAGACUGAAAAGCGGGAUUCGCCCUUCUACAUUGGCGCUGUCAAGCCCAAAGUUGGACAACUUGAAGGAGAUUGUGCCAUCGCCAGCAUCGUCGAGUCCGGUUUCCUUUUAGUCUGGUAGUAUCCGGUCGAAUGCGACGCUCGUUUCGUUGAAGGACGCGUCCAUUCAUUUAGAAAUCGAGCCAGGCAGGUCUAUAAACAAAUAGGCCAGUUG